CAUUGAUUUGAGGAGGUUAAGCUGAAGGAGGAAUCCUUCGGGGACAUGCGCACGACUCGUCUGUCGCACCUGUUAUUGUUUUAAAGAGGCACGAGAGCGCAGGUGAGGAGCACAAACCUGGAGACGUCCGUGGAUUUAACAGACUUUUAACUUACAGUGACAAGAUGAGCAAAACAAAGAACAAAAGCGACAAUAAGACGGAAAAAGCUUUGGCUGCGGAGAAAGAGCAGUUUGGUAAACAGCAGCUUCACAACAUUAGCAAGACUCUCACCUCCACUGAAACACCACCUAAAGAGAAAUAUGUGCGCAAUAUCCUCAUGGGAACACAUAAGGAGGGUGGAGCCUCCACCUUCUGGUCCUACAUCCUGAACCUGCCGCUGUCCAGCAACUCCAUUAUCAGCUGGAAGUUCUGCUACCUGCUGCACAAAGUGCUCCGCGACGGACACAGAAAUGCGGUCAGAGAUUCUCACAGAUACUGUCGCAAUGUUAAAGAUAUGGGAAUUCUCUGGGGAAACUUACACGAUCGAUACGGCCACAUCGUUGCCUUGUCAGCCAAAUUCCUCUGCCUCAAAAUGGAAUUUCAUGCAAAGCACAAGACGAUCCCGGGAAACAUGGAGGCCAGUGAUGAGACCUUGGACAGGGAAGCAGGAAAUGACAUGACUAAAGUUUUAGAUAUGACACAGGAGCUGCUGGAUUACCUGGAAGCUGGACUGAAGAUGUCUGAGACAGUUCUACGUCAGCUGGACGCCAACGGGGCCAAAUCUACCACUCCAGCCGGACAGUGCAGACUGACUCCUCUGAUACCGCUCAUCCUGGACUGCAGCUUCCUCUACCACUUCUCGGUCCUCUUGCUGUUCAAACUUCACAGCCGCAUUGCUCCGGAUGUUCUUCUGGGACAUCGAGAGCGCUUCCGUGAUCUAUUCACAGGCCUCACGCAGUUCUUCGACAGAGCCAGAGAAAUGGAGUUCUUUAAAAGUGUCAUCCAGAUCCCAGAUCUUCCAGAUGCUCCUCCAAACUUCCUCCGGGCCGCCGCCUUGGGUGAAUAUAAAAAGCCGGUGGUGGUGAUGCCGAACGCGGAGCCUCGCGAGGAAGAGGAAGUGGAGCCGCAGCCAGAGCACAGGGAAGCGCCACAGUACUAUCUGCUCAGCCAAAUGGCAGCACCUGAUCCUGCACUGGAGCAGAGGGUAACGGAGAACGACAGUCUGAAGAGAGAGCUGGAGGCGCUCAAACCUGAACUGAAGCUCAUCAAGACCGAGGCUCAGAGGUGUGUAACUGAGUUAAAGGCUCAAGUGAAUCGUCUGGAGGCCGAGGUCGAUGAGCAGCGCACACACAAACAGAUGGCCAUGGUGGAAAACGAACACCUGCGGAUGGAAGUGGAGGCACUGCGGUGCGCUAACGUCGCCGGUGUCGGGGCUCAGAUCGGAUUCAAGGAGGCGGACACUCGAGCUCAGGCAGCAGAGCUUCGAUUCAGUCAGCUCAAAGAGAGACACGCAGAGCUGAUCACCAGCCACGCCGACCUAAUGAAGAAGAACGCUGAGACCGUGAAGUUGCUGUCAAGUACAAAACACAGUCAAGACGACUUGCUGCGAGCCAGACAGCAGCUGGAGAAUGAGCUGGAAAAUCUACGACAAGAGAAAAGUAACUGGAUGAAUCAGCAGCAGCACGAGGUCCAAAAACUGAACCAACAACUUCUGGAGCAACAAGCAGAGCUGGCGGUCCUUCGCAGUACUCUGGACAAUAAAGAGAAGGAGGGAUCUCAGGUGAGCAGCAGCCUGGCAGCUCUGCAGGCGGAGCGCGAUGUGCUGCUGCGCUCUGCCAGAGAAAGAGACGCCGAGCUGUCCUCGCUGAGACAACAGGCCCAACAGCAGCAGGGCUCUCUGGACCUGGAGAGAGACCGACUGAACCGAGAGCUGGAGGCCCUGAGAGCUCAGCUGCAGCAGCAGCUCACCAUCAACGCAGAGCAGAAGUUGGAGAUCGACAGGCUGAAACGAGAGCUGGAUUCGACACGAGCAGAGCUGUCACGAGCAAACAGCGCGCUGCAGAGCAAAGAAAUGAGUGGCACCCAGCUGAGCAGCACGCUGGCUGGGCUGCAGGCGGAGAGGGAGGUGCUGCUGCGCUCCGUCAGGGACCAGGAGGCCGAGCUGAACUCCCUCAGACAGCAGGCUCAGCUCCACCAGAGCUCCCUGGAGCAGGAGAGGCAGAGGAGCAACAUGGAGCUGGGAAACCUGCACGCUCAGUUACAGCAUCAGGCCUGUCGUGAAGGCGAGCUGACCCAGAAGCUGCAGGAGGAGCAGUUCUGUCUGCUGCAGUGUGCCGUGGUGGAGGCAGAGGGCAUCAUACUGGACGCUGUGGCCAAACUGGACGACCCCAUACACGUCUGCUGCAUCAGCUCACCUGAUUAUUUGGUGAAUCGAGCUGAAAUCACUCUGAGUUCUAUCGACAAGAUGCAGCAGAGUCACAUGGUCUACCUGGGAAACAGGAACGAUGCCAGCGGUUUGCUGAGAGCCGUCACACAGUUCUCCCACCUCGCUGCCGACACCAUCGUCAACGGAGCAGCGACGUCUCACUCCGCUCCCACCGACCAGGCCGACCGUUUGACCGACAGCUGUCGGGACUGUGCCAACAACUGCCUUCAGUUCCUGAAGGAUCUGAAGAUUCAGGCCAGUUUACAAAGAGCCGAUCCGUCUGCGGUGCGCUACACCGUCCAACGCAUCCUCGCUCUGGGACAGGAUCUGCGUCCGAAAGGACGAGAUGUGCUGACAGAGGAGCUGGGAUACGUGGUGGAUAAAGAGAUGCUCGCCACGUCAACUGCCAUUGAAGAGGCUGUGCUGCGGAUGGACGAGAUUCUGAGUCAGGCAAAGAGAGACACGAGUGGUUUGAAGCUGGAGGUCAACCAGAGUAUCCUGGGAUCCUGUUCAGACCUGAUGAAGGCUGUUCACAUGUUGGUGACGGCUUCGACUGACCUGCAAAAAGACAUCGUGGAAGGAGGCAGGGGGGCAGCGUCUGUUACAGAGUUUUAUGCCAAAAACUCUCGUUGGACCGAAGGACUCAUCUCCGCCUCCAAAGCUGUGGGCUGGGGCGCCACACAGCUGCUAGACUCAGCCGACCGGGUUGUCGGUGAGAACGGUACAUAUGAGGAGCUCAUCGCUUGUUCACACGAGAUCGCUGCGAGCACUGCACAGCUGGUUGCUGCCUCGAAGGUGAAGGCCGACCGCAACAACAAGAAGCUGCACACGCUGCAGCAGGCCUCCCGACAUGUAAACGACAUGGCUGCUGUGGUCGUCACCUCCACCAAACACGGGCAGCGGCAGAUCUCCGACCAAGGUGUGAUGGACUUCUCUGGCUUGUCUCGGAUCAAGCUGAAAACAGAGGAAAUGGAGGCUCAGGUGAGGGUCCUGCAGCUGGAGAGCCAGCUGGAGCAGGAGCGAGUCCGCCUGGGAGAGCUGAGGAAGAGGCACUAUGAAAUUGGCAUCUCUGGGAAUGACGACGAGGACGGAAACGAGAGCUUCCCGCCGCCGCCGCCGCCCACUCUGCUCGAAUCUACGCCAGUACCUCAGUCCGUCUCGCAGACACAGCCGUACCUGAACACGCAGAGCUUUACAGCAGCCAAUCCCUUCACACCAGCUCAGACACAAUCCGUCUCACUGCCUCAGUCUUACACACCAACACACACGUACUCACAGGCCCAAACCUUCACCCCUUCUCAAACCUUCACCCCUUCUCAAACCUUCACCCCUCCUCAAACCUUCACCCCCUCUCAAACCUUCACCCCCUCUCAAAACUACACCCCUUCUCAAACCUUCACCCCCUCUCAAAACUACACCCCUUCUCAAACCUUCACCCCUCCUCAGACCUACACCUCCUCCCAGCCUUACGUCCCACCUCAGCCGUACACACCAAACCCGACCCAGAGUUACUUGACACCUCAGUCUUACUCGCUGUCGCAGCCCUCAUCACACUCACCCAGCCUCUCCCGGCCUCACUCACCGUCUCUGACGCAGACGAACCCACAGAACAACACAGAAACAACCAAACCAGCCUCCAGGAGGUCCAACAUCUUCACCAAAUCUGGAAACUUGCUGAAGAACGCGUUCAAACGAGGUGAAACUGGAACAGGUGAAUCUUGAAGCCUGACUGAAGAAGAGUCUGAACUUCUGGAAAUAUAAAUGUCCUUUAACGUAUUAAAAACACUGAUUUCAAUCUUUAUCUCUGGCUCUGCAGAUGAAACCACAAUCAAAUACUUUCCAAAUUAUUUUUGUAAUCAUAUUGAAAGCUUUAUUAUAUUACCCGUCGCUGUAUACUGAGUUGAUUUAUUAAAAAUAAUAAAAUCAUCUGAGGCAGAUAGCUGAA